ACCUAAAGAUUUUAUUUGAGAUAGUUCGUCGGUCAUGGCGGAGGAGACUGGCGGAACUGAAGAGCCUCCACAGGGGAAAGUGUCGGAGGAAGCAGGCUACCUCGGUGUAGCGUCGAAGAUGACUGCAGCCGAGUAUUCCCGCAGACUGCAGGAGUGGUUGUGGCAGUGUUACUGUGGGAGUCUGUGCUGGCAAAACAGCUGUACUACCGCUGCGGCUCUCGUUAUGAUGAAUGCGGCCUCCGGCAGCACCGGAGAGCUGGGCAGGGUUACCCCGAAUGGUUUACUGAGAGGGGGCACUCAUACCACCAGUAACAUUGCUGCUAAUAAUACCACGGCUGUCGCAACAGCAGCAGGUCGUGAAUAUGUUAUUCCUACCUUGGCUCAGAGGUUCCGUGCUGAAAUGGUGGAUUUCUUCAUUCUUUUCUUCAUAAAAGCAGCUGUUAUUUUGAGUAUAAUGCACUUUAGUGGAAUGAAAGAGAUUUCGAAAUUUGCUAUGCAUUACAUAAUUGAGGAAGUAGAUGAAAACACCUCAAUGGAAGACUUGCAGAAAAUGAUGGUGGUGGCUCUUAUUUACAGAUUAUUAGUUUGCUUCUAUGAGAUUGUAUGCAUAUGGGGUGCUGGUGGAGCAACUCCAGGGAAGUUUCUGCUUGGACUGCGAGUUGUGACUUGUGAUAGCUCUGUACUGGUUGCACCAAAUCGGGUACUAGUCAUUCCUUCUACGAAUGUAAAUAUGACUUCAUCCACAGUUCGAGCAGUUAUCAAGAACUUCUCUAUAGCUUUCUUCUUUCCUGCAUUUAUUACAUUGCUGUUUUUCCAGCAUAACAGAACAGCUUAUGACAUUGUGGCAGGCACUAUAGUUGUAAGAAGGAAUGCCAGAUGAUCGUCAUCAGAACAUUGAGACAGCAGUUCAUUUUAAGGGCUUUUCUGUAUCAGGAAUGUUAUAGUAUAAUUGAACAAUUGUAUUCCUAGGUAAUUAACCUAGAUUUUUCUCAGCAAUGAGCUGAGUUAUGGUGUGAUUAAGCCCUUUUGAAGUAAUAUCAGUAUUGGAAGGAACUUGUGGUUAGCAGCUCCAUACACCAACAUGUACAAAAUGUUGAUUCUAUGAGCCUAUUUUAGGCAUGUCAUUUGUCAGCACUGUGUAGAUAUAAUGGAACUGGCUUGAGUUGUACGUAGCUAUGGAUAAUUACAAUCCCUUUUCCGUAAACCAGAUAAAGUGUUGUUUCACAUUCACAUUGCAAUAAGGCUACAAAAUAACACACAUGAGCACACCUGCCUAUCUUAACAGACCCGCUCAGAUGAUCACACUAUGUGCAGAAUUAUAUAACAUUAUUUUUAAGAUUUACUGUCCCUUUAAUUUAUUUUACUAUAUUCUCAUUUGGGUUGGAAAUAUUUCUAAGUAAACACAAAGCUGUCUGGAUUGUCAACAGAGCUGCUCAUUUUAGAUUAGGUAUGAAUAAUUCCUUGCAUAAUUAAAGCACUAUUUAUAUUUAAGCCUAAAUGGUGUACUUUACAAGUCUCAAACCUCAUCCUGCGGUUUGUCGGCUCUUAACAUACAUGCCACAACAAUGCUUCUGGUACCCUCCGAAAAUAAGCUGUCACAUUAACCAUACCAACUUACCUUCACCCACCCAUCUGAUCUAAAAUAAUAUUUUAUAACUUAUGUUUUGCAAGUAUUCAAAGCAAUUGCUGCACACAAUGAUUCAGCAAGAUUAUCAUUUAGAAAUAUAGAUUUUGAUGGCAGAUAAGAACCAUAGCCCAGCAGGUCUGCCCAAUAUUUCCUUAAAGUAUAAACGUAACUUGUUUGUAGGAUAGCCUUAUUCUUAUCCCAGACAGUCUUAAUGUCCCCCACAGUGUUUGUCAUUACCAUCUCUUGUGGAAGUUUUAUUCCAUGAAUCAAUAACCCUUUCUGUAAAGAAGUGUGUUCGCAAAUUACUCCUGAAUUUACUACCCUUCAGCUUGAGAUCAUGAACCCUUGUCCUUGAAUGUUUCUUUUUAUGAAAAAUACACUCAUCUUUACUAAGUUUGAAUUUUUUUUUUUUUAUAUACCAUGUACCAUUUUGGUAACCAUCCAUUGCACAGAACUGCACAAAAUACCCAAGAUGAGGCCUAACUAGUGAUCUUUAAAGUAGUAUAAGAACCUUAUUUCUGCUGAAUAUACCUCUACCACUACAACCAAGCAUUCUACUGGCCUUACUCGCUGCAAUACUACAUUAUUUGGUAAAUUUUAAAUCUGAAAUAAUAAUUCUCAAGUCCAGUUUCUCAUUUGUAACAGUCCGUAAAGUGUCAUUAAAUUUUUCAUUAAA